GGAUUUGAAGAUCUGUGCAGAUGCCCAUGGCGGCGGCGGCGGAACGAGAAUCGGACACUACAGAGCCUCCUGGCUCUGAGACACUCCUGGAUGAGGUGCUGCGGACCCUCUACGACCUGGGAGAGACCGAAGGUGAAACAGAGCCUAAAAGGAUCAAGAAGAAGAGAGAAAAGAAGAGAGUGGGGACCACAGCGGAGGUUUCAGCAGAGCCGCUCCCCCUGCCUGCAUCUCUCGCAAAGGGCCAGAGGAAGAAUGCUUCCAGCUUUUUCAAGGAACUCAGAGAAGAGCUACACUCUGCUUCCACUGCCCCCUCAGCACCCUCUUCGGGAGCAGAAGUCCCUGCUACUAAUGCGGUGUCGCUCUCUGCCCCAGAGAACAGCAGCAGGCUCGUGGAAGUGGUAGAGUUUCAAAGCAGAAGUAAAAGAAAACCAAAACCGGCUCAAGAAGAGCACGCAAAGGAUAAAACAAAGGCCCUUGAAAAAGAUGUGGGUAUUCAAGAAUUUAACCUAGAAAAGGCUCGUUUGGAAGUACACCGCUUUGGGAUCACGGGCUAUGGCAAAGGAAGAGAGAGAAUCCUGGAACGGGAGCGAGCUAUCGUGCUGGGGGCUAAGGCUCCCAAAAGAAGUUACGUGAAUUACAAGGUUUUACAGCAACAAAUCAAAGAGAAAAGGAGAGCGCAGGAAGAAGAAGAGAGAUUGGCCCGGGACACAGACAUUUUCAAGAAAAAGAAGAGGAAAGUACAGGAGGACAGGAGAUCCAGGAAGUCGGCUCCCAGCAUUUUGUCAGAUGGAAAAGUUGGACAAGUUGGAAAAUUCAGAAAUGGGACAUUGAUUCUAAGCCAUGCUGAUAUCAGGAAAAUAAAUUCUUCCAGAGUAGCAAAAUGAUGGACUUUGUCAGCUCCAGAGAGGAGUAGGAACCGUGACGGCCUGGCACAGGACCACUGAACUGCAGACCGCACCCCACGUCCUCGGGUCUCUUCAUGAGGAGCAAGACGGAUAAACAGGGCGGUGACCUGCUGAGUGCCGGCCAGGCCCAGGCUCCACUCCCCUGUGCUGGAGAGGUUGUUCUCCCGCAGUGGCAGUGACCUGCUGAGUGCCGGCCAGGCCCAGGCUGCACUCGGGUUCUGGUUGCUAGUGUCAGCACACUUGGUUCCAGUCCCUCCUCUUCAUAGUUUCACUGUCUCCUGAGUGUUUGUGAUUGCCGUUACAGUGCCUUUCGGACUUCUGAUGACAGUGUUACUAUGUCAUGAAAGAACUAAGAACUCUUGUCAUCUUCUAUUGUCAACCUACUUUGUGUAAAAUCCAUUUUGUAAGAAUUUUCAAAAAUACACAUC